CAUCGACUGUAACAUCACCACUUUUUCAAUUUAGGGAUUUCGAGGGAGCUCUUCUUUUCCUUUGAUGUUUGACCUUCGGAACAGGAGUCUGGUAUGGCAGAAGACGUCCUGUCUACAUGGAUGGAAGUUCCCCUUUUUUUUUUAGGACGCUUACCUUUCUUUCCGGGACACGUAACUUGCUUGUUAUCUCAAAGCCAUUUAGUUUUCAUUACCUCGUUUAAUUGCUUCAUGGCGGCCAAAACAGGUUUAUUUUGUUUGUUCCUUGUUAAGGUUUUACUAAUUGAUUUCUGUUUAAGUCACUGCGCCCUCUAGGAAACUUUGAAUUUGACAAUUUACGCAAUUAAAAGUGGGACCGCUAUCAGAAAUUGCGGUCAUUAGGCUAGUGUUUCACGCCUCCGUUACACAGAUUGCAAAAUACUUAUUAUUUUGAACUACAAUCAGAAAUGGGCAAACGUAGCACAUUUUAGUAUGCUACAGGUAUAAUUACCAUGAUGGACAGGGGCACUGUACAUACGGUCAGCUGGUAUCUACCCACAGUUAUUAAACCACAUAAACAUAACGGUGAUGUAAGAAAUCAGCGAAAACCAAUAUGCUGGAUACUAUGCAUAUUCUUUUGCCUAGUGCAAUGGAAUAAAGAAAAAGGAAGGCUGUUUCCAGGGUAUACAAGAACCAGUAAUGAUCGAGCCAGCAAGAUGGCCACAACGUUAACAACGACGUGCUUAUCGCUCUACGUCCUAAUCUUUUACGUUUGCUCCUUCCUGUCUGCAGCAUCAGUAAACGGGAUUUGGGAUAAAAGCGGUGGAUAUAAAACAAGUCUUGGUACGCUCAAUAAUCCCGUAUUGAUUUACAUCAGUACCCCGGAUAAUCAUCUCGGAGACAAAAGCGAAUCGUUCAAUCAAAUCGAUUACCAAGCAUUGCUAUCGGAGGCGGCAUUAAGUCAACUGCCUCUACCGCAAACGACAGUGCCGCCACCUUUGGAGCUCAAACCUACACACAUCAAUUUUCUCGUUCGUUUGUUUCGUUCCUUCUCGGCUAUACCUGCCAUUUUUCGCCCUCGACGACUUCGCUGCCAUAUGUCACCGACGGUGGCCCUGUUUGAUGAUUUGAAUUGUUUCAUGAGUUUAAAGAAACGAAUUAAAACUUAAUUACCAUUGGUUGUUGGCUUCGCUGGUUUAAUAUAUCAUAAAUUAUCACCGUUUCCUGUGUAACGAACAAAAAUCACGUGGAUCAACAUGUGGCGAAAAUUAA